AUGCAGCCAUGGCUCUGGCUGGUCUUCAGUGUGAAGCUGGCAGCUCUCUGGAGCAGCUCUGCCCUCCUUCAGACUCCUAGGUCCCUGACAGUUCUAACCAAUCGAUCUGCAAAAGUGUUCUGUGAAGCUAAAACUUUCCCUAAGACCACACUCAUCCACUGGCUGAGACAGCGCCAGGGACCCACCAAGGAGAGGCGCUUUGAGUUCCUGGCCUCGUGGAACCCUUCCAAAGGAACCUCUGUGUACGGUGAAGGGGUGAAGAAGGAGGACAUAAUCAUGUUUUCGGAUAUAACCCGGUACAUACUCGAGCUCAAGAGUGUGAAGCUGGAGGACAGCGGCACCUACUUCUGCAUGAUGAUCGGGAGUCCCAACCUGAUCUUUGGGACAGGGACGGAGCUGAAUGUGGUUGAGGCCUUUCCUACCUCUGCCCCGACCACCAAGAAGACCAUCCUCAAGAAGAAGAAACAGUGCCCAUCCUCCAACCCAAAGGCCCAGAAGGGUCUGACGUGUGGUCUCAUCACCCUCAGCCUGCUGGUGGCCUCCAUCCUGGUUCUGCUGGUAUCCCUGAGUGUGGCCAUCCAUUUUCACUGCCUGCGCAGGAAAGCCCGAAUUCGCUUCAUGAAACAGUAA